AUGUCAGCAACCGAAACCAUCACCAUACCUGCCCAGACGGCAGUUGUUGGUAGCCACGGCCGUUCCAAAAGUGCCGUUCACGUCAAUGACACAGUCGAACUACAGUCCGUUCGGAGCAACAAUCAGCGAGUCUUGCAGGAUGGCCACAGCGUGCGGGACGAUCUGCCCCCGCCCUCGACCGCCGUUGAGGCUCUGGAAAGAUGGAACUUUCCACGUCGAAACAUGUACGGUAUAUUCGGGACGUAUCUCUCGUUUUUCAUUCUGGGUAUGAACGACGCUACUCCCGGUGCGCUGAUACCAUACCUGGAACGAUACUACGAUCUUACCUACACCGUUGUCUCGUUACUCUUCCUGUCUCCUUGUGUGGGAUAUACUCUUGCAGCAUUGCUCAACAAUUCGGUCCAUCGAAAGUUCGGGCAGCGGGGUGUGGCCUUUAUUGCGGGCUCCUGCCACUUCAUUACCUACUUGACAUUCUCACUUCAUCCUCCUUGGCCGGUGAUGGUUGUCUUCUUCAUCUUCGCUGGCUUUGGCAACGGCUUAGCCGAUGCGGGCUGGUGUGCGUGGACUGGCAACAUGGCAUCGGCAAACAAAGUCCAAGGCUUCCUGCAAUCUUUCUAUUCGCUGGGUGCGACCAUAAGCCCUCUUGUCGCAACGUCGAUGAUCACGCAAGCAAAUCUUCAGUGGUACUCCUGGUACUAUGUCAUGACCGGUGCAGCUGCACUCGAGCUGGUCUUGUGCACCGCUGCCUUCUGGCAUAAGACUGGAACGAGGUAUAGAGCCGAGACGAAGCAAGAGACGGCAGGUAGCACCACCUUGGCCGCGCUCAAGAACACGGUAACACUGCUCUGUGGUGUCUUCUUUCUGGUCUACGUUGGAGCCGAGGUGGCUUUGGGCGGCUGGAUCGUGACAUUCAUGCUUCGAGUCCGCAAUGCGAGUGCCUACGCUUCUGGCAUCAGUGCGACCGGCUUCUGGGCUGGCAUGACGGUGGGUCGAGCCCUUCUUGGCUUCAUCACUGAGCGCUGGGGUGAGCGGCUCUGCAUUACCAUCUAUCUUGCCAUUGCUAUCGGGCUCGAGCUGGUCUUCUGGCUAGUUCCCAAGUUUGUUGUUUCCGCAGUCGCCGUCGCCUUGCUCGGCUUUUUCUUUGGUCCUGUCUUCCCAGGCGGUGUCGUUAUGUGUGCGAAGCUGUUGCCCAAACACAUGCAUGUCAGCGCUCUUGGGGCGGCGACCGCUGUUGCAGGCGUCGGCGGCGCGGGUGUUCCGUUUGCUGUGGGUGCAAUUGCUCAGGAGAAAGGUGUCUGGGUAUUGCAGCCCAUCAUCCUGUCUUUAGUGGUGGUUUUGAUCAUGCUGUGGCUAUCGCUUCCGCGGGUCAAGAAGAGGGACAUCUGA